AUGUCACAGCAACCACUCUCCAUCCUCAUCUCAGGCGCUGGCGUGGCUGGCGCCACGUUGGCCCUCACGCUUGUCCGCCAGCCAGGUUUCAAGAUGCAACCCAGAAUCACGCUCAUUGAGAAGUCUCCCGUACCGCGCACGACAGGACAAGCUGUCGAUAUUCGAGGACCCGGAGUUGAUGUUAUCCGCAACCUUGGGUUAGAGCCCGAGAUCAAGGCCAGACACACUACCGAGACUGGUCUUGCAUUCUUGGACUCGAAGGGAAGCGUGGCCGCAGUUUUCCCUGCAACUGGUGAUGCGAAGGUCCAAAGCGCGAGCAGCGAGUACGAGAUCUUGAGAGGUGAUCUGGCUGGUCUGCUACUCGAUGGUGUGAACGAAGCAAAAGAGAAAGGCGUCAACGUAGAAGUGGUCUACGGCGAACAUAUCGAAACAAUGGAGGAAUGCGAAGAUGGCUCUGGCGUAAAUGUAUAUUUCUCCAACGGGAAGAUCAGCAACCGGAAAUUUGACGUUGUGAUUGGCGCGGAUGGCAUUGCUUCGAAGACUCGAAACCUCAUGUUUGGCAAAGAAGAUCUGCGAGAACAUGUUAAACCAUCGGGCAUGUACAUCGGAUUCUUCUCCAUUCCACGCAUCCCCAAGGAUGACUCGCUUUGGAGAUGGUGCCAGAUCCCCAAAGGCCUCGGCAUGCAUCUAAGACCGCAUUGCAACGGGAAGACGAUGGGAGUAUAUUUCACGAUCUGCAACUCCAAGCAGGCGAAUCUUCCCGAGCUUGAUGAGAUACUUCAUGCCGACGUUGCUUCACAGAAGAAAUAUCUCCGUCAACGAUUUCAGAAUGUAGGCUGGGAGAGUCAGCGCUUUGUUGACGGGCUCGACGCUUGCGACGACUUCUACAUGACGCACUGGUGCCGGGUUGAAACGCCGCAAUGGACCAAAGGCCGAUGCGUCACUUUGGGCGAUGCUGCAUUCGCGACAAUGGGCGUUGGCACAAGCCUCGCUAUGACUGGAGCUUACUGUAUAGCCGGCGAGCUAUCGAAGAUCGAGUCUACCGACCAGGUCCAGGGCGCUCUGCGCAAGUACGAAGAUAUCUUCAGACCGUGGGUUGAGAAACACCAGAACCAAAACUACGGCGGCAUGCAGCUCGCGAACCCACAGACGGCGUGGGGCAUCUGGGCUUUUCAUACCGUUCUGAAGGUAGUGUGUUUCUUAAGGUUGCCCCAACUGCUUAUGCGCUUCUUCGGAGGAGACGAAAAUGGCGGGUGGAAGCUACCUGAGUAUGGAUGGUAG